AUGACUAUUAAUGAAGCUCAUCAUAUAUUAUCCACUAUAUUAUAUAGUAAUAAUAUUGAUACAAUACCUGUUGAUCUUGCUGAUUACGUAUUAGUGUAUGAAAAUAUAAUGAUUUCAUUAGAAAAUGGAAAUAAAGAAUUAUAUGAAGAAAUUCUGAAAGUUUCGUUUCGCUUAAAUCGAAUUGCAUUACCACCAUUUCGAUUAUUAAUUGUUCAUAAAUCUCAAUUAUUAUUAUUAGAACGUAAAGAAUCAAAAACAUUAUUAAAAGAAAGUGAAUUCAUUUCAAUCAUACAAUUACUUAUGUUUCAUUUAAUUAAAAAUAAUAUUAAUCAAUCAGAAAAUGAAAAUUUUGAUUAUACAAAAGCUAUUAGUACUAUAAUUAAUGCUGAUAAAUCAUACAUUAAAUCAUUAAGAUCAACUAUGUCAAAAUUAGUCCAAAUAUAUGAUUAUCAAUUAUUAAUAGCAUUACCUUAUGAUCGUUUAUUAUUAUCUCAAUUUUCUACAACUAAAUGUUUUGAUGGUAGAUAUGCUCAAGGAAUUUUGGCUAAUGGAAAAUAUUACUCAUUAACUCAUAAUGCAUAUACUCCUAUGUCGAAAUUAGAAAUUAAUCCUGGUUCUAUUAUCCAAUUGAAAUUUACUAUUCAACCUGACACUGUUGUUCAUGGAACUAUAUGA